AGGGAAAUUUACACUUAGGGACCCAUCAGGUCAGACAGCUGUGGGACCAUGGCAAGGCACUGGAGUAUUACGGUUUUUUCCGCACUAGCUCUGAUAUGUUCUUUCCUGGCGACCCAAGUGGAUGCUCAGAAAGGCCCCCCUCAAGACCCUAAGGUUCCAUACCCUCCAUACUAUCCACAGCCGAAGCCGCAGGACCCUCAACACGUUUCACCGCCUUACAACCCAGGGAAGCCGCAGUAUCCAGGGAAGCCACAGUAUCCAGGGAAGCCGCAGAGUCCACAGUAUCCUCAGACCCCUCAGUAUCCUCAGACCCCUCAGCAGCCGCAGAGUCCACAGUAUCCUCAGACCCCUCAGUAUCCUCAGACCCCUCAGCAGCCGCAGAGUCCUCAGUAUCCUCAGUCCCCUCAGUAUCCUCAGACUCCUCAGUCCCCUCAGUAUCCUCAGUCCCCUCAGUAUCCUCAGACUCCUCAGUAUCCUCAGAAUCCUAAGGUGUAUGGUGAUGACAGUUCUAAGCCUUCAACUCCGUCAAAGCCUAGCUAUCCUCAGCCUCAGGCCCCCCAGUACCCAUCUAAGCCUCAAGCUCCCCAGCUGCCUCAGGCCCCCCAGUACCCAACUAAGCCUCAAGCUCCCCAGCUGCCUCAAGCUCCCCAGCUGCCUCAGGCCCCCCAGUACCCAACUAAGCCUCAAGCUCCUCAGUAUCCUCAAGCUCCUCAGCAGCCUCAGGCCCCCCAGUACCCAACUAAGCCUCAAGCUCCUCAGCAGCCCCAGGCUCCCCAGUACCCAACUAAGCCUCAAGCUCCUCAGUACCCUCAAGCUCCUCAGCAGCCCCAGGCUCCCCAGUACCCAACAAAACCUCAGCAGCCCCAGUACCCAACAAAGCCUCAGUCUCCUCAGUACCCUCAAGAUCCUAAAAAUCCAAAUCCUCAGAAUCCUCCUCUUCAUCCUCCCCCUGUUAAGAGCUGUGAGGUGCCCCGCGAUGUGAGAGUCCCAUGUGGAGUUCCAGACAUCUCUCCUUCUGCAUGCGAUGCCAUUGACUGCUGUCAUGAUGGCCAAGCCUGCUACUUUGGAACAGGAGCAACCGUUCAGUGCACCAAGGACGGACACUUCAUCGUUGUGGUGGCCAAGGAUGUCACCUUACCCCAUCUCGAUCUUGAAACUAUUUCACUUUUGGGACCGGGUCAAGAAUGUGGAGCUGUUGACUCUAAUUCAGCUUUCGCCAUCUACUACUUUCCCGUCACUCAGUGCGGCACUCAUGUCACGGAAGAGCCCGGGGUUAUAGUCUAUGAAAACCGGAUGACAUCCUCAUAUGAAGUUGGAGUUGGACCGCUUGGAGCUAUUACCAGAGACAGCUCUUUUGAGCUCCUCUUCCAGUGCAGAUACCAUGCAACAUCUGUUGAAACUCUGGUCGUGGAAGUGCUGCCAGUGGAUAGUCCUCUUUCCAUUGCUGAGCUUGGACCCCUCAAUGUGUACUUGCAAAUUGCCAAUGGAGUAUGUCAGACAAAGGGCUGCGACGAAGUGGCGGCAGCCUACACCUCUUUCUACACGGAUGCCGACUAUCCUGUGACCAAAGUACUGAGAGAACCAGUCUAUGUGGACGUUCAAAUCCUUGGCAGAACAGAUCCAAAUCUGGUUCUGACUCUUGGACGCUGUUGGGCAACCACAAGCCCCAAUGCUUUCAGUCUGCCCCAGUGGGACAUUUUGAUUGACGGAUGUCCAUAUGAAGAUGAUCGCUACCUGUCUGCGUUGGUUCCAAUCGAUUCCUCCUCUGGUUUGCCAUUCCCAACUCAUCACAGACGCUUCUUAUUCAAGAUGUUUACCUUUGUUGAUCCUCAUUCAAUGGAACCACUAAGGGAAAAGGUGUACAUUCACUGCAGCACAGCUGCAUGCGUUCCAGGACAGGGUACCAGUUGUGAACCCUCAUGCAGCAGAAGAAAAGGAAGAGAUACUGACGCUGUAUCCAUUAGAACGGAUGAAAGAAAGGUUGUGGUAUCGUCUGGAGAAGUGCUCAUGGUGGCCGAAGCUGCUGGACAGUCUUAACUGUGAACCGACAGAAGCUCCAGAGUUCGGAAAAAAUAACAUAACAUUAUGAAAAUCUGUUUCAUCAUGGUUCAAAAUUAAAUGCAUAAAGUGAAAAAUCUGUUGCAGGUGUUUGGAAUGUAUUGCAAAAACAAAACAAGUUGAUACAUAAAGGUAGCAACAUUUCUUCACAUUUCAUGUAAAAAAAAAAAAAAGUUUCUUCACAUCAGUAUAGCAGGUGUGUAGAUACAGUUGACAAAAUACAACACUUCCACCUUAAUAUUCUAUAUGGAUCAAAUGUGACUGUUUUCAGUGAAACGUCACGACAAUAAAGUCACAUAAUACAUUUCACUUUUACACAAAUUUUUACUGUCUGUUUCUGUUCUUAAACAUACAAGCACUGAAAACAGAGAUGAAUCCAGUAUAACCAAACAACUCAAACGACAAUAAAAAAAACAAAAAAAUUGUUUUAUUAUUUUAAAAUGUUUAAAAAAAGUUCAAUUUUUAAAUCAAAGUAGGUCAACCAUUUUUAAUACUGGAUCAACAAACAAAAACAAUUAACAAAAAAAAUCAGAGUUAAUGGAAGGUAAACACACACAUCCGUGAAGACAAAAACACAAGAUUAUUAUUUAAAAACUGAACUAGACAGCUUACUUCUCAGAAAUCUGCGACUGUAAGGAAAACUGUUUUCCUUGUUGCUUUCAAUUUGUAAAAUUGAAAGAUGUCAAUAAAUAAUUUACCCUCUUG